ACCAAGCCAACACAUUUAGCAGCCAUGGGAAUUUCCGUCUUGUUAGGCCGACUGUUGGCAUUAUCCUCGGCCCUUGUUACGGCAGAUUCUACUUUCUCUACAAAGGGCUCUACCAAGUCCUACCCGGUGUCUGUGAAUGGAAUCGACUUGAAAACUGCUUCUGCCAAAGUCAUCACCGAUGCGCUGGCGAACAGGACUGUCACAUCUCUGGAUCUAGUCGACGCAUACAUACAACGUCUCGCUGCGAAUGACCAAGAAGGUUUGACUCUCCGGUCCUUCAUUGAGAUCGCUCCGACCGCACACGAGAUUGCGCGGGGAUUAGAUGCCGAGCGUGCCAGUGGCAAAGUUCGCAGUGCUAUCCAUGGCCUUCCUAUUGUCGUCAAAGAUGCGUAUAACACGGACAUGGAGCUCGGUAUGAACAGCACGGCUGGGUCCUAUGCCCUUUUGCAGGGGUCGCAUGCAAAGUCAGACGCCUUUGUUAUCAAGCAGCUGCGUGAUGCUGGCGCCAUUAUCCUCGGCAAGGCAAACCAGGACGAAUGGUCUGGACAGCGUGGCGCGAACAACGCUUCUGCUUGGAGCGCGCGUGGAGGGCGCAUGUCGGCGGCUUACGUCGAAGGUGGUUUUGCUGCCGGUGGUGACCCAGGUGGCAGUUCUGGCGGUCCUGCCGUGGCAGUCUCUGCUGGCUUCGCCGCCGCAUCCCUGGGUACGGACACCGAAGGCAGCAUUGUAAGCCCGGCCAGCCGAGCCGGCCUCUUUGGCCUCCGUCCUUCGACUGGCAUGACGAGCAGGACGGGUGUGAUACCCAUUUCCAGUUCCCAGGAUACUACGGGUCCGCUGGCCAAGUCUGUAUGGGACAUUGCCGCUAUUUUGGAGAUCAUGGCGGUGCACGACCCAGCCGACCUUUAUUCAGAGGCGGCGGACCCUUUCCGACAGAAGAACUACACGCAGUUUUUGGAUGCCAACGGUUUUCAGGGGCUGCGCAUUGGCGUGCCUCGGGAACCCUUCUGGAACGAGACACAGUUUGGAUAUCGAAGCGCCAUCAACCCCGGUGUGGAUGCAACCCUGGAGAGAUUGGCAUCACUGGGUGCACAGGUGAUAGAUCCCGUGGUAAUGCCGAAUGCCGACCGCUGGAGGUACGCAUUUGUCGGGGGAGUCGUGAGGGAUACUGCUGGGCGAGCUCAGAUACAGUACGACCUGAAAACCGACAUGGCCAACUACCUGACUACGCAGCGCACCAACACCACGGGCAUGGAAAGCCUCUUCGACAUCAUCUCCUUCAACGACGCCCACGCCAACCUUGAAUUCCCCCCGGGAAUCUGCUGCCAAGACGCUUUCGUGGCCGCCGAUCAGCUCGGAUCCAAGAACAGUUCGGCAGAAUACUGGUGGGGCAAGUUCCAGCAACAGCAGCUCAAUGAAGAGGGGAUCGAGUACGUCUUCCGACACUAUGACCUGGAUGUCUUGCUGGUGCCUACCGAGGGUGCCGCAUCCCGCUUGGGUGCCGUUGGGCGCCUUCCCGUCGGCAACGUCCCCGUGGGCCAGGAUGAGAUUGGUUUGCCUUUUGGCAUGUCUUUUGUUGGAAAGAGGUAUGAUGAGCCCAUGGUUCUGCGUGCCAUGUCAGCGUAUGAAGCACACUUUCCAGCGAGACCUGUUCCUUCUCUAUUAGACUAG